AGAGACGCAUCUCACCAGCCGGAUAUGGUAUCUACGUAUAUAUAUCUAUGCGUUUAAUGCUCCCUACAGACUACAGAGCAGCAGCGGAGGAUGGGGCCGAGUUAAAUGAAUGAGAUGCGGGCUGUUAGAGACCAGACAGGCGGAUGAUGAUAAGAGGAUGAACCGGCCGAUGGAGCAUCAGGAUCAUAAUCUGAAUCCUGGUUUAACGCUUGGCUAAAUUACGUGAACAAUUAAGUGAAUCAUAAAUUAAAUUGGCUGGUUGCACACACAUUAGCCCUAUACAUUCCUCGGUUAACAUCGACGUCGGUUAAGCCGAACUGUCUUGGAGGAUGUUAAAGACUGGAAUAUGCACCAAGUGUUUUCUGUCUCUUCUUCAAAAACGCCGGAGAUGAAGCUUUCUCUUGAAAGAAGAUGUCCUCCAUCGCAAAGCGGCGUUAAAGGUCUGGAUUUGCGGCAGUUAAACAACUCCGAUAACGUUACCACACUUGAAGGUUGAAGGAAUUUGAUUUAAUGGCACAGCGGACUGCUGCAAGAAAGAGCCAACGACUAAAAGUGGGAUUUAUGAACACUCGGUUUAUUGAGUCUUUUUGUUAGUCUCUUUCGACAUUUAAUAUUUGCAUUUAAAAAGGCAACUUCAGAAGCUUAAUUUGGUUAUAAAUCAAACUGCCUUUCCUGUCAGUGUUGCCCCGAGUUUAGCUCCGUAAUCCUCCUUUGUGAGUUUUAUUUAGCUAAGGGGUUGCAACUACUAUAGUUGGCGUCAGUGCUGCUUCUUCGUUCACCAUGCAUGCACAGACACGUUUACUUGGAUGAAAUCACCAAACAGAAAUGUACCAGAGGGCACUACAACAACACCAAGCCCAUGUCUGGACUGAGAAGAGCACCGUGGCUCCGCUGCCCGUGAAGCCACAACAACCACAGCGGCUUUAGUUGGACACCGAGAGGGGAUCAAAAAAAACUAGCCUCCAGGCUGUUCACACCGACCUCAAGAGACCACCGAGAGGAUCAUUUUCGACUCAACUGAAGCCAGCAAAAGCCAGCAAAAAUGGGAGAGCAGCCCAUCUUCAGUACCCGGGCCCACGUCUUCCAGAUUGACCCAAACACCAAGAAGAAUUGGGUUCCCACCAGCAAGCAUGCUGUCACCGUCUCCUACUUCUUCGACUGUACCAGGAACGUAUAUAGAAUCAUCAGCCUGGAUGGAUCUAAGGCCAUUAUCAACAGCACCAUCACCCCCAACAUGACGUUCACCAAGACGUCGCAGAAGUUUGGCCAGUGGGCCGACAGCCGGGCGAACACCGUCUACGGCCUCGGCUUCUCAUCUGAGAGCAACCUGGCCAAGUUUGCAGAAAAGUUUGCGGAGUUCAAAGAGGCAGCACGGAUAGCAAAGGAGAAGUCUCAGGAGAAGAUGGAGCUCACCAGCACUCCCUCUCAGGGUGGUGCUGUAAAAAGGAAUGUGUUUUCAGUCAGCAAAGCUGCUAAAAAGAAGCAGGAGUCGGCCCCUGGCGAUCUGCAGUCACCGUUGACCUCAGAGAGCAUCAACGGUACAGAGGAGGGAGUCACACCAGACACGACGCAGCACACCGAACCCAGAGCAGAGCCUUCCCACAAUGCACUGCCCUUCUCACACAGUUCGUCCAACAUCAAUAAGCACUGGGAGGCAGAGCUGGAGGCACUUAAAGGGAACAACGCCAAGCUGACGGCGGCUCUGCUCGAGUCCACGGCCAACGUCAAACAGUGGAAACAACAGCUGGGGGCCUAUCAGGAAGAAGCCGAGAGGCUACACAAACGGGUGACGGAGCUGGAGUGUGUGAGCGGCCAAACAACGGUGAUUAAAUCCCAAAAGACCGAACUCAACCAAACGAUAGAAGAGCUGGAGUCGGCUUUGAAGGCCAAGGAGGAGGAGUUGGAGAGACUUAAAGCAGAGGUGGAGAGUGCCAACGACUUUCAGUCUCAAAAAGACUCCCUUACACAGAAACUACAGGACAUGGAGUCGAGGAACCAGACGCUGGAGGCCCAGCUGAGCGAUCUGGAGCAGCGUCUGGAGAGCAACCAGCAGGAGAGGGAAGCCUUUCGCAACAGCCUGCGCUCGCUGCUGGAGCUGCUGGACGGAAAGCUCUUCGAGCUGACGGAGCUGCGGGACACGCUGGGGAAGCUCCUGGAGAACAGCUAGAGAGGCCAACACAGCGUCGCCAACGUCCCCACGGCCGGCGCCCGGAGGAGGAACCCCCCGCAUGUGUUGGCACUCACGUCAUCACUGACAUGUAACUUGAAAAUUGGGGGGGGGAGGGUUUCUCACAUGUAUACGAUACGUGUAAAGGUUUACACACGACUUUAUGCAUUAACGGUACACACUUGUUUCGCUACGUCAGAUCGGUACACGUUUACAAACGAGCCAAGUAAAAGAGGCUUUGCUUGGACCAUGCCUUCCCUCCGCUCCGCUCUGGAAUAUUCUGAACACAAAAAACUCUGAAUGAAUCCGUUUUGUUUGUUACUUGAAUAUUGUUUGCGGGGGGGACAUUUUGGUUUUUGCUCCUUCAAUCAUGCAGACUUUUAUUAAUUAAAGACUAUUCUUCUGUUUGCGAGCUUCGCUUUGGUGCAUUCUGCAAUCACCUGGAGCCGAUGAUCUUUUUUUUUUUUCAUCGUCAGCCAAAUUAACAUUUGGGAGUCAGAUGAGAAGGACUCAUUUUUAGUUAUUCCAACUCUGGAAGGUGACCGGGCGCUUUGAAUGUCUUGAAGAGACAAAUGUUCCUCCUGUGACUGAAAUUCAUGGAGGGACUGUGCAAAAAAAAAAAAAAAAACAUCAGCCGGGGAGAACUUUGUCUUAUAUUCUUAUACAAUAUAUGAGCAAUACAAAAAAGGGAGCAUCAGAGGGUAAAUAAACACUUUCCACUCUCACUUUCAGGUAAUUUUACUCCUCUCGGAUACGUUUAGACCACAAGCAAGAUUUUAUUCACUUUCUUUCUAUACACUUUUUUUAAAGAAUAUAAACAAAUUCAUAGUGCACUUGUAAAAAUGGGGUUUGUGUGUUUGGGUGAAUCUCUUUCUCCUCUUGCUUCUGUUGCGACUUGAAGUGCAAUGACUGAAUCAUUUUUGUUGUUAAUUUAUUACUGUUACUGAAGAUAAAAGUUGUACAAAAACAAAGAUCUUUAUUUACAUCUCGUUUUCACUUAAUCUUUUUUUUUUAUUGUCCGGUACGUGGGUGUCAGGUAGUUUUUGUAUGCGUGUGGAAAAACUGGCAAUAUUUUUGAAAUAUUUAUGAAAAUGAAAUGGGAAUAUAACAACCUGCGAUCGCAGGUUGGAUUUGCAGAGAAUCUUUUUUUCUUUUGCCAAAUAACCUUUUUUCCUGUACAGAUUAGAAUUGUUGCUGAUGUUGCCUUUGGUACAGAGAUGCAUCAAGAGUAGCUAACUAGCAGUACUGUGUUUUGUGGGAUUUACUAUUGCCAAAAAUCCAGCGACGUUAAGAGGAAUAGUAUAUACACAUGAAGAAUACACUACUUAAGGGCUUGUUGUUGGUUCGGGUACAUUCGGGAGACUUGAAUGAUUUUAGCGGUGACUUUAUCACGUUGGAAUUUACGACUAUUACAGCUUGAAAGGGAAAAAAAAAAACAUUUGAAUAAGACUUUUAAAUGUUGAUUAUACCACAUGCUUAAAAACACAAAUUGUAAUUUUGAGUUUAUAGUAAAAGAAAACCAAAUGCAA